AUGUUAUUGAUCUGGAAUGUACUGGUACCUAUUGUAUGUUUGUGGACAGCUGGUGUAAUUUUCAUGUGGUCAUAUAAUAGUAACAAUUUGGUAAAUAACUAUUCACUGUUUGACUUGGUUUGUAAGAAUACCUACUUUAGACAAUGUACACAGUCAAGACGUUCAUGGCUUAAAUGCAUCGAAAGUAUGAACAGGAAGAAGAGACAACGCAGUCUAAACAAAAAAGUACUAUCAUCAAACUGGCCACCAUCUUCAAUAAUAGGUUUAUUUGAUGAUGAGUUGCCAUUAAUUAAUCUUGCCUUACAUGUCCAGUUUUCUGAAGAUGCUGAGAAUCCUUUUGAUAGCAAGUACUAUCGAAAAUAUCUACGCCUUACUGAAGGAAUUGAGAACAGAAAAAUAAAAUCCGCGGAUCUAUGGUCAUCCAAAUACAACUUAUUUCCUCAAACCUUAAACUUCGAAAAAGUGAUAGACAAUGUUGAAAAAGGUAUUCCUUCAACCACGUUACCGAUAAACAAUCCAGAUAUAUUCGCAUUGCGAAUUCCGGAAAGUAUUUGCAAUCCAUGCCUCAGACAACAUGUUCCUGACCUAGUUGUUGUAAUCAAAUCUUGUAGCUACUGUUCAGCUGAACGUGAUCACGCACGGAAAACAUUUAUGCAGAAACAUCUAUGGCCGAAUAUCACUGUGGAAUUCGUCUUUGUUGUGGGUGUACCUUAUCCAAAUGAAUCGAACAUAUUCACAUUUGACAGGCAUAAAUUCAAACUGAAGGAUUCUUGGUGGAGGUUAUCGAGAAAGUAUGACAGAGACAAGUGGACAUUUAUUAAACGACUUGCAAUGGAAGCAGAUUUUUACGAGGAUAUGUUGAUUGGCUCUUUUCACGACACUUACUUAAAUUUGACCACAAAACUUAUAUUUACAUUCCGAUGGUUAUCAGCAUUUUGUCCCAGUACGGUACCGUUAUUCCUGUUCUUAGAUAGCGAUUAUGAUUUGGUUCCUUGGAAUGUGAUAAAGUUGUACAGAAAUCAUACACUAGGUAAUUUGAGAGACCUGACUGGUGGGCUUCGACAUAGAUUUCCAAUGGUUGUCAGACCACGCUAUGAUGGGAAUAUAAGUAGCAAUUGGGCAGUAACAUUGAAGGAGUUCCCAUGGGCAAUAUAUCCUCCAUACUUUUAUGGAGCUACCUAUAUUUUGGGUUCGAAUAUAGUCAAGCGCCUUGCUGUUGCCAGUGCAUUUACUCAGCAUAUUCGUAUUGACGACGCUUACUUGGGUAUACUCUUUAACAAACUGAACAUUAUUCCACGAAACCUCGAUGUUAUCUCUCUUAAAAGUGGAGAACUCAAUAUCAAAUCUGGUGCAAUAAACCUACCGCGCUCUGUCAGUAAACGUAUAAUCGAUUGGAAGGUCGGUAGGCUUAAGUCCAAUCAUUGAAAUUAAAGUCAUUUAAUAUUUUCAGUGAUUAUAAUUAAGGGUUUUGUUGUGCUUUCUUAUUUGAUUCGAUUAAAAUACUUAAUAUGAACAUCAAGCUUAUUGCGUGUACAUCUCCAGAAGAAAAGUAUUUCAAUCGAACUAGUUAACUAUUUCUCGUUG